CGACCCCCCCCCAAUGCCGCCUCCCCGGUGACGCAGGGACGUUGCGUUGCGCGCGCGGGCGGGCUCCAGCGGUUGCUCUGGCAGCGACGGGCGCCAUGUUCGGACUGACGGGAAGCGCUUAGGAAACCAGGUUCCGGCCGGCCGGGGCGGCUCACACCGUGCGUGCUGUCCGAGGAGAGAUCAGGAGGGGGCGGCCGUGCGCCUCCAGUCCCUCGGGCCGCUGCCGCCCUUGACGGACACAAUGCCGCUGUGAGUAUGGCGGCCCUGCGGGCCAGUGCGGGGCCUAAACGGUGAACGGUGUGUGUGUGUGUAACGGGACAGCCGGUCAGCGCACGGCAACCAUGGGGGUGGGGGAGGCACUGACCCAGCGAUCAGCCCCGGGAAUCACUUCUUUCUCUGGGCCCCACAGGCUCGGUGUGUUAUGGUGCAACUCGGGAUCACGUGAUCAGGUAUUGUCACUGGCUUCCUGAUAGCCCUCCUGGUGGAUAGGGAGGGCAGGGCUUGUGUAUUGUUCAAACAGGAGUGGGGUACCUGGGCCCAUAACACAUCAUCUGUAUUGUGUUAUGGGCCCAGGUACCCCAUUCCUAUUAAUACCAAUACAGAUGAUGUGUUAUGGGCCCAGGUACCCCAUUCCUAUUAAUACCAUCAUCUGUAUUGGUAUUAAUAGGAAUGGGGUACCUGGGCCCCUAACACGUCAUCUGCAUUGGAAUUAAUAGGAAUGGGGUACCAGGGCCCCUAACACAUCAUCUCUAUUGGUAUAAACAGGAAUUAAGUUCCAUGGGCCCCUAACACAUCAUCUGUAUUGGUAUAAACAGGAAUGAGGUUCCAGGGGCCCCUAACACAUCAUCUGUAUUGGUAUAAACAGGAAUGAAGUUCCAGGGGCCCCUAACACAUCAUCUGUUUUGGUAUAAACAGGAAUGAGGUUCCAGGGGCCCCUAACACAUUAUCUGUAUUGGUAUAAACAGGAAUGAAGUUCCAGGGGCCCCUAACACAUCAUCUGUAUGGUAUUAUAAUUUGCCCACGAGGGCCCUUACCACAUCAUCUUUAUUGGUAUAAAUAGAAAAGGGCUAGCAGGGGCCCGUAACACAUCUGUAUUGGCAUAAACAGGAAUGGGAUACUAGGGGCUGUAACACAUCAUCUGUAUUGGCAUAAACAGGAAUGGGAUACUAGGGGCUGUAACACAUCAUCUAUAUUGGUAUAAACAGGAAUGAAGUGCCAGUGACCCCUAACACAUCAUCUGUAUUUGUAUAAUGAGAAAUGGGCUACCAGGGCCCAGUAACUCAUCUUAUGUGCUGGUAUUAACACGAAUUGGCUACCAGGGUACCCUAACACAUCAUCUGUACUGUGCAAACAGGAUUAGGGUACCACGGGACCCUAACACAUUUUCUGUAUUGGUAUUAACAGGAAUGAUGUACCAGGGGCCCCUAAAAGAUCACAAGAGUUAGUGUUAAUAAGUGAGGGGUAUCAGGGGCCCCAGCACAUCAUCUUUGUGGGUAUUAACAGGUGAAGGGUACAUGCAACAGCUAACACAUCCUCUGUAUUGCAAUAGGAGGACUUCAUUUUUUUUUUUAAAUGAACUUUAUUGCAAUAGAUAGAAACCCCCACACACCAUUUUUAGUUUUUCAAGCUAUAUUCAGUUAUAUGGGGUUACCCACUUGCAUUUGUAUAUGUGCAGACAGGACUUAAAUACAAUAAACCUACCUCUAUUUUUUUUUUUUUUUUUAAAACAUUACAUCAUGUGGGCUAACCUCAUGUCUUCACUAUUUGCAUUAUUAGCUCCUCCUGUCUUAAUUGAGUUUACAGUCAGGAACAAUAGCUUCUUCAACUCCUCCCUUUUCCCCCUCCUACUUUGUCUCUAUUGGAAGGCAUUGUUUUGGAUUUUCGAAUCACAGGUAAGAUUAUCUGGUGCCUCCCAUUGGAUAUGCAUAUUGUAAAAUGGGUGGAGCCACUGUCACCUAUACUGUAGCUCCUCCUAUUUUACCUGUAUUUAAAUGCACAUAGGAGAGCACUUUAACAUUAUUCAGAGGUUCCAGUUGGCACACAUCUGAAAAUUUCUCUCUUUCAAGAGUUUUGGAUUGUAUAACUUUUUCUCAGGAUGUACCGCAAGAGCAAUAAGUUUAAUUCUAGAGCUUCAAGAAGAUGGAGUUCAGACACAAGCCGCCAGUCUCAGGACAAUGGUGGUGGAAAGUAAGUGGAAUGACUGGAUGUCAACUUUUCUUUUAUGCUUACUUUUUUUUUUUUAAAUGCAUAUUUCAGAGCUGCUUUAAAAUAGCUUGCCCUUCAGUAUGCACUUUUUUGUUACAGGGUUGGUAAAGUCAUGAUGUGUUGUAAUAUUGCUGGUAAUAGCAAGGUACACGUGUAGAUAGUAAUUAUAUCAUAAAGUGCUAUGAUAUGGCUUUCUUUUUGUAUCAGAUGUGUUUUCUACACUUAUAUUACCCAAGAUUUUCAUUUAGUACAUGCACCCUUUUGCAUGGAACUUGAUAAAAACCUAAAAUAUCUCAAUCUGAUGAUUGUGCUGAAUACUACUUUUUAUAUUGAUAAACUUGACCUGUUUAUGAGAUUUAGCACCACUUAUGGCUUAAAUAUUUAUCAUAGAGAAAAAAGAAAAUGUACUUUAAAUGCAGCCUUUUAGCAUUUUACAGCAAGAUAUUUCAUAUCUCAAAUAUGUCUAAAUUUAAUGCUGAACAUGUUCCAAAGUGGAUCUAUGUUGUAGGCUAUACUAAAAAGUAUCUCUUAGGGCUUAGGCAUUUUAUUGUGAUUCUUUUGGGAUCAGCAAUACAUUUGUGUAUCAUGUUUCUAAAUAUGUACUUUUACUUUGUGGUAGAAAAUAUGUGAAUCUACAUAUUCACAUUAGCCAUUUAUGUGGAAUACAUUAUUUGUGCUUUAAAUUACUGAGUUUUUGCACAAUGAUGUCCACACCUUUUUAUAUGUAUUUUUUAAUAUAUUUAAGGUCAAAGUAGCAAACAUGAAGCAUAGUUGAUUUAGAGAUUGUUUCCAGUUCAGUUAUUUUGACCAGUCAAUAACCCUGUAAAUCUAUUAAUAUGUGCUAAAAUUUCCCAAAUGUUUCCUACAUUCACAUGUUUCCUGUGGAUAUAAAUUACAUUUUUCAAAUUAAGAAAAUUGGCAGUUGAUCACUUUAAAAGUUAUUUUUGUGUAUGUGCUGAUAACUAUUCAUAUGCUAAAAUCUGCAAAAUAAUCUAAUUCGUUAUGGACUCUUAAAUGCAUAUCAAAGACAUGCUUUAACAUACAAUGUAUCCCUAUAGAGAGUGCUUAGUAAAUUAAAAUUUCAAUUGUUUACACUUUACAGCAUUGAAUUCAGUUUGUUCUCAUUCAAAUUUCUAACUUAAUGGAUUUAAAAUGCAGCACCAAAAUGCAAUCUAUUGUAAUGUUAUCUAAAAACCAUUUUACAGUUUAUAGGAUGCAUCCACAUUGGUGGAAUAUGCAUCUAUAUUUUUAAUACCUGCUGUUGUUUUCAGCUUCACUAAAAUAUGCUUCAAUCAGAAAAAGUACAUUUUGCCUUUUAAACAUUUUAGGGGUGUAUGAAGGGUAAAUAGACUUAUUAUAACACUGCAUUUGAUUGUGAACCAGAAGUCCUUUGCUAUAAAUAAGCUCAUAAUCUUGGGAAGUGUAGUUUAUAAACAUAUGCAGUGCUAAGGUUAGCAAAAACUCCACUGUUGAUGUACUUAAAAACUGUACAGCCAAGUCAGUGGUGUAUUCUAUUACAUUUUAUUUGUGGUACCAUUAUUAUAACAUUAAACACAAAAUGCCUAUAUGUAUGAUAGUUUGAUAUAUCUAAUGGGCAUCAACAACUACUUGCACAGGAAUUUCCCGUUUCCAUGAUUGUACAUGCUUGCUUUUGUGUAGUUUUGUAUAAACAUUUUUUCUUCUUCUCCUUUCUCUUUAGUCCAAUUGUAACUCAAGGAUCCCAGCCACCUCAGAAGAAUUUUGGCAUUACCUCACCAAUUAGUUUAGCGUCACCCAAGGAAACGGACUGUACGCUCACACAGAAACUCAUUGAAACAUUGAAGCCUUUUGGUGUCUUUGAAGAGGAGGAAGAGUUGCAGCGUAGGUUAGUAUGGUUUCAGUACUUGGGGAUACAUAGGCUGAAAAGAGACAUUGCAUACAUCAAGUUCAGCUUUUCUGACUCCUGUUUUUGCUGUUGAUCCAAAAGAAAGCAAAACACACAAUUUAAAGUACUUUCCAAUUCUAUGUUUAUGAAUAGAUUUCCAGACAAUAGUUUGUUGCCCCAAAUAUAUUUGUAUGUGUAUAUUUCUCUCUUCUGAGGCACCGUUAUUUAAAAAACUAUUUAACCCUUAAAGACACAUGACGGAAAUAUUCCGUCAUGAUUCCCUUUUUUUAUUCCAGAAGUUGUGUCCUUAAGGGGUUAAAACAGGUGCCAAAAAUUGCACAGCAUAUUCAAGAUGUAAUCUUACCAGAAAUAAAUCUUAAGGAAAUAUAUUAAGAGUAACAUGAUAAACCAUUGCAGAAUUCUAACUAAUUACCAGUAGUUUCAUAAACAGGCAAAACAUGAUGUAAUCAAGUGUGCAAGCAAAUGCAAGCCUCCUUACGUAUCCAUACAAGCUGUAAAAUAAAAAUGAUCCCUUGUAUUUAGAUCACUGUUAACUAGUUUUCUUUUGUUCUUCACAGAAUUUUAAUUUUGGGAAAACUAAACAACUUGGUGAAAGAAUGGAUACGAGAAACAAGUGAAUUGAAGGUAAGUUAAAAACGUACUCUCUACCUCUGGCAUAAUUCAAUGUUACUAUAAAAACUGUUAGCUCAUGUAACCUCCAUGACAGUUGCCAUAGUCAAAGCUCAGCUUCAUCACCAAAAGAUUACCUUUUCUGGUGCUAGCAGAAAGUGUUAAGAAAAUACAACACUUAGAAUCAUUGUGUUUGUGUUAUCUAACGUUCUUCAUUACACUUGGAUGAUUAAUCUCUUGUUCACUCACAUACUAAUGUUAUCGGGUUUUCAUCUCUAGAAUCUGCCGCAGUCUGUCAUUGAGAAUGUUGGAGGAAAGAUUUUUACUUUUGGAUCUUACCGACUCGGUGUUCAUACAAAAGGUAAGAUAUGUUCUACAGGAACAUCUGUAUCUACAGGAAAAGUUCAGCUUAUACAUUUGUUAGUUUCUGAUCCCUUAGUCUCAAUCUUUUCCCAGUAUAGUAUCGUUGUGACCAGAGAUGCUAAAGUGAGGUUUGUUUUUCUGUCAGUGUAGGCAGUGUUCAUUGUAAUACUGUAACAAAUUUGGGUCCAUUUAAAAAUCAGUGCUGCAUUAAAAUUGAUUUUUUUGUAAUACAAUCAUAUUAAAUUAAAUUUCCCAUCUGUGAACAGUAAAAUUACAGAUGACUAAUAACCACAGCCCCUAUGUUCUUUAAAAUUCCGACAGUGCAGUAAAAAGGGAAACAACUUUUUUAACUUGUACAUGAAUUUGGGAAUGGGUUACUUUGCUCUUUUUACAUUGGCAUAAUUAAAUCUAAAGUUUUUCUGUUUAGGUGCUGAUAUUGAUGCUCUGUGUGUUGCGCCAAGGCACGUAGAUCGAAGCGACUUUUUUUCAUCGUUUUACGAGAAACUGAAACAACAGGAAGAAGUGAAAGACUUGCGGGUAUGUUUGUCACUUUUCCUUAUGUGUCUUAAGUAGAAUGCAUGUGUUUGCCUUUAUGGAAAUAACACAUUAAGCUUUUGACACCUAUUAACAGAAUUCUCUACUUACCGGUAAAUGCUCCUUUUUUGAUCAUAUAAAGCCCCAUUUCUUAAGCAACCCUUUCAAUUACUUGUAUCCAUUUCUUUUAUAUGGUAAAUUCAGUUGGCUUAACCCCUUAAGGACCAAACUUCUGGAAUAAAAGGAAAUCAUGACAUGUCACACAUGUCAUGUAUCUUUAAGGGGUUAAACCUAGUGUUUGCUAACCAGAAUUAUAAUGUUAACAUCCAGGGUAAUCCAUAACUGGUUUUAUGUGCUACUAUUUGAGUAGUGCUAUAAGUAGUUCUUUGUUCAUCUGUGUGUUCCAAUGUACUUAAUUUUGUGAGCUUUUUUAAAGAAUGGGUUGAAUUCCAAGAAAAUAUCCAAAAGUGUUGGUAAUGUUUCUUAUACAUCUCACUUUUUUCCCCCAGGCUGUAGAGGAUGCUUUCGUACCUGUGAUCAAGCUGUGCUUUGAUGGAAUUGAGGUAAUCUAUUUUUUUCCUUUGUACAAUUGUUCUGAAUUUUACUUGAAAUAAGAUAACCAGACUGAAUAAUGGGAUGGUGUGCUACCAUGUUAUACUUUAAAGGAGCAUUCAAAGUGACUUCUGUACAGAUUAUCAUUUGAUUGGUAUUAAAUGAUCUUUACUGAUACGUAAACUUUUACAUCUGUUCACACAAACAUUUUACAUUUAAUGAUUUUGUUCAAAUCCGACUUCCUUUUGAUUCCAGAAAAAAUUAAAUAAAUUCCCAACACACUGUACUCUUAUCACUGCAAUAACAAUCUGAAUUACUUAACAUUGGCUAGUUGGUCUAAUGAUAUUGAUUAGUUCUCAAAUUAUGAUUCUGUAUUGUAAUAUUUUUCUAGUGGACUUUAACAAUCUAUAUUUAUGAUUGCCUUCUUAUCUGUGUUUCAGAUUGAUAUUCUCUUUGCCAGACUUGCACUACAGACUAUUCCAGAGGACCUAGACUUGCGUGAUGAUAGUCUUCUCAAAAACCUGGAUAUAAGAUGCAUUAGAAGUCUUAAUGGUAAAUAUUGCCAUUCCUAAAUGUAUAGGGGCAGCUUUUUUUCCUUUGCAUGUGUUUCCACUCUACAUUUAGCACAAUCUCUUCUGAAGGCUGCUUGUGCUAGUUAAAUUUAUUCACAGAAUAAUACAUAUCUUUUUUUUCUUCUUUUUCUAUGGCUUUCGAUAGAUUAAUACAAAUUGUAGCUGGAGGAUAAAAAAAUCUCUAAAAGCACUUGUAACUUGUUCUCAUACUAGUGUAUGGGGGAGGGGGAGGGAUAUUUGGGCAACUGGACAUUGGACAUAUGCGUUUUUAUUAAUAUAUUUAAUUGUAUUGUGCCAAAUAUUUUACUUUAAUGUUUUUUUUUCCAUCUUCAGGUUGUCGGGUGACAGAUGAAAUUCUUCAUUUAGUACCAAACAUAGACAACUUUAGGUUAACUUUGAGAGCAAUUAAACUGUGGGCCAAACGUAAGUCAGCUGAAGUUUAAAAAAAAAAAAAAUAAAGUUUUUUUUAAUGAAAAUGUCGGUGGCUGGUGAUUUGGAAUUGUUAUUAAACAUUGUCUCUCUACUCCUGUGUAGGCCAUAACAUAUACUCAAACAUCCUAGGAUUUCUUGGUGGUGUGUCAUGGGCGAUGUUGGUAGCCCGAACCUGUCAGCUAUAUCCCAAUGCAAUUGCUUCAACACUUGUGCAUAAGUUUUUCUUGGUAUUUUCCAAAUGGUGAGUUUGAAAGAUUAUCUAUCAUUUGAAACCUAGAACCUAGUUCAUUCUACGAUCAUUACGUUUUAUUUACACUGCAGGCAACGAAUGGAAUAAGAUUUUCAUUUAUAUUGUUUGACUAUAGCCAUGAAUACCAUUCAAUGUUCACUGUCAACAUUUUACAGUGACAAGCAGCGAAUAAAGUUUUAAUUGUGUUUUUAGCAUUGUAGUAAAAUGUCUUUUAGUAAGACAUUUUGAGAAACACAGGUUCCUCUUAUACUGACAGCUGCAUCAUUUUUUUUAUUGACAAGCCCUGUUCUUUUAUAAAUUUGUUGUCUAAGUCAAUGUUUUUUGGUUUUUUUUUCUUUGUAGGGAGUGGCCCAACCCUGUGCUGCUGAAACAGCCCGAGGAAUGCAAUCUCAAUUUGCCAGUGUGGGACCCACGGGUAAGUAAAUGUGAUCAAUAACAGCUUUACUAUAACCACAUUAACUAUAGAAGUCCAUAGUAAUGGCCACAUUAACCUUAUUAUAAAUUCAUAUAUUUGUAUCUGUGUAUUUUUAAGUCUGUAUGCGCAUAAGAUCUAUAUGGAACAAGAAACAAUCAUCUCAUAACCAUAUAUAUAUAUUUUUUUUUAACUGAUGAAGACUGUGUGCAUGUAAUAUCUAACAGAGUGUGUCUUAACACAGGUGAAUCCCAGUGAUAGGUACCACUUGAUGCCUAUAAUUACGCCAGCCUACCCUCAGCAGAACUCUACCUACAAUGUGUCUGUGUCUACACGAAUGGUUAUGGUCGAGGAGUUCAAACAAGGUAUAUAUGCUGAUUUUAUAUUAGUACAGGUCAGCCACAAAUGAUUUUUGUUAGUUUAAUAAAUACAGUGAGUUAUAGUACACAUUUGAUGGCAAAAUUGCAGCAAAUGUAAAUCAUGUGUAAGAUAUACCUGUUUCCAGGCCUGUAAAUAGCAUUACUGUAUUGCUACACGUGGUGUGCAUGCAUGUCAGUGAUUGGCAAUUAAUUACUUUUGACCUCUAGAUUGCAGUGUACCAAUGUAAUGAUUGUAAUGUGUCAAGACAAAUUAAUGAAAAGCUCUUUAGCAUGUUUCCAUCUUGCAGUUGGCUGUAUGCUCUCUUUUUCUAAUAUUGGAUGGAUUGCCUUAUUUCCCCUCACAUACAUUUUUUUAAAUUUUUUUUUGCUUUUACAUUUUUCAGGUCUGGCAAUAACAGAUGAAAUCUUGCUGGGUAAAGCAGACUGGUCGAAACUUUUUGAAGCUCCCAACUUCUUUCAGAAAUACAAGUAUGUAUAUUACAAACUGUGUAAUGUUUUGCGGCAGAACAAAUGUAAAAUCCGAAAUAACAAUUGAUUGUUUUUCUUUUUAAAGGCAUUAUAUUCUGCUUCUUGCAAGUGCUCCGACAGAAAAACAGCGUCUUGAAUGGUAAGCAUAUAUAUUUAUGUAAACAAGAACUAAAACAAAACAUUUUACAAUUCUGGCUUCGACAUGGCCAUUGAGAUAGGUACUCAAAGCAAAAUCUGAUUCAAAUGUAUCUUUACCAUAUUUCGUGCUUUGUAUGUAUUUACUGAUUAUUUGAAUUUUUUUUGCAGGGUUGGUUUAGUGGAAUCCAAAAUUCGUAUUCUCGUUGGAAGUUUGGAAAAGAAUGAGUUUAUAACACUUGCUCACGUUAACCCUCAGUCCUUCCCAGCACCGGGUGAAAAUCCAGAGAAGUAAGGCACCGUUCUCACCUUUAUUGCUGUCUGGUUAAAUCUACUGGGCCUGAAUGUGCACCCCCCCCCCCUUAGCUUAAUUGUCGUUGCUCUAUUCCAUUAUUGAUUCAUUAAAGCAUAGCCUCUUGUCUUGUGAUUUCUGAUGACCUUCAGUUUUCCACUUUACAAAGUUUAGAACAGUAUCCAUUGACUAAUGCUGCUCCCUUAUGGGAUUGUACACCUUAUUGUAGACAUUGCAAAUUACUGUGAUAAAUCCUGUUUAAUGAGGCACUUAGUUAAAAGACCAUUACACUUUUGUCAAAUGUAAUCAUUUAACAAUGACUUCAUGAUCCCCCAAUUUAUGCUGUCCACUGAAGAGGUCUGUGAAAAGGAGCUAGUGAAACAUAACUAAAAUAUAAGUGUUAAUAUACUCAGCAUUUAAGAUUACUUUUUGUUCUCCUUUAUGUACAAGUUAUUUAAUGUUCUAAAUCUAUAUCUAUAGAUUCUAGAUUACCUAUACCUUUUAUUCCACAUGUGAAAUACUCAUCAUGCCCACAGGCCACUAACCACAGAUAAAGAUUAGUUACCCAGAUUAGCUGUCACUUAUUUAACAAAUCAUUCUGUAGAAUUGCGGUAGUAUUGUAAGUAAAACUAAUGUAAAUUAGCUUGUAGAGGGCAAGACUUGUCCAUCUGUCCAUUUAGGAUGUAAUAGCAGAUAUUUGUUCUCUUUUCAUGACAGUUGUCUAACCUUUUGCAAAUCUCUUUUUUUGUGCAGGGAAGAAUUUCGAACAAUGUGGGUCAUUGGACUAGUGUUUAAAAAGAUGGAAAACUCUGAAAACUUGAGUGUUGAUCUCACUUAUGACAUUCAGGCUUUCACUGACACCGGUAAGUAGUUUUGGUUAUUGCCUGGGAAACUGAUUUAGAUAAUGUUUUUUUAUGUUGGUCCAAUACAGAGAACAUUUGUGUAAAGUACUUUUUUUCCCAUCCCUCCCCUUUUGUGAAUCCUCAGUUUAUAGACAGGCAAUAAACAGCAAGAUGUUUGAAGUGGAUAUGAAAAUCGCUGCAAUGCAUGUCAAAAGAAAGCAACUCCACCAGCUUCUUCCUAACCACGUGCUUCCACGCAAAAAGAAGGUAACAUCCCUCGUAGAGUCUAUGCUUAAAAUUAUUAUUUUUUUAUAUAUAUACUUUAAAAUGUAUAAAUAUAAUCUAUAGUUUCGAUGGGUGGGAGGCUAUUUAGCAUAUUACUUUGUUUUUGUCAUUUUUUAUAGUGUGUAUGUUUGUUUUUUUAAUUAGUUUUUCUUUUUUCUUUCAUUUAAGCAUUCCACAGAAAACGUGAAGCUGGUUUCUAUGGGCGAUAGCCUUGAUUUAUCAUUGGACAGUGACAACAGCAUGUCUGUGCCUUCUCCCACCAACACAAGCAAGACCAGUCCAUUGAAUUCAUCUAAUUUAUCCCAAGGGUAAGAUACUUUUUAAGUACUAAGUAAAUCCUCAUUUAUUGGGGUGUUUGAGUAGAUGUGGUGGGUAUAACAGCGUAAAGGCUGUGUACUGAUUACUGUGUACUGUAGCACAAGAUUUAUUUUUUGAGGUUAAAAACAUCAUCAGUACAGUGUCAGCUGCUCUAGCAGAAUAUGGCAAUCAUUAAACAACUACUGACAAGCUCAGUUAUAGAUUUCUUGGGUUGCGGGUUCUUCCCCAUUGGGGACUGUGAUUAACUCUGGCCCAAAGAGAGGGGAAGCAGGGCUUUUGACGAUACAUGGCUUUUUAGUAGUGGGAAUUCAAGUGCAUUUAUCUCCUUGACAAGCUAGUAAUGUUCAUUCUAUCUACUUAUUCAGCAGAAACAGCCCAGCAGCACCUGUGACCUCUUCAGGGACCAGCACACCAGUUGCAGAAAUCCUUGUGCCACAAAACAGUUCCUCAGAGAAUUCAGGAGGUAAGCCUGUUUCUGCUUUUAAACUGUGCGUGAUUGAGAUCGCCAACGGCAGUUAGUGUGUGUUGGUUAGUUCACACUCAUACUUAAUUUGUGUAAUUCAUAUAGCUUGUACAACAAUGGUUUCCAGCCUUGAAGUUAUAAUCCACAUCUAGCAAGAUAUUGUGGGAAUUUGUGGCUAACAUGCAGCAAGGCUGCCAUUGUACCAGAUAAAAUUUGUUUCUGCAUAUUAUUGAGGUAAAACCUGUCUAGGGGCAUUCUGGUUAACUUAAUUAUAUAAUGGUUGGUAUUUUCUUUUUAGGUGGUAUAAAUGACAAUUUUCCUGAACCUGCCAUACACCCAAAUUCUUCAACACCAAAGAAUGUGAUGCCUCGUGUUAAUUCUACCAAUCGUUCGGUGAACCAAUCCCCAAAACUGGCUGGACGUGUCUCCCCAAAGAUGCAGAGUCCUGUUGCUGGUGUAAAACGGAAAUCAUCCCCCAUUAAAGAGGACAGCCCUAAAAAGAUAAAAACUGAAGAGGUACUUUAAUUGUUCGAAUUCAAAAACUGUACUAAAUCUUUAUAAUUUUGAUACAUUUCCAGGAUGAUACACCACCAGGGGGAAAUUUUUGGGGUAUCAAUUUACAGAUAUACUUACUAUAGUCUGGAUGAUAAGUAGUCUUUUACAUCACUUAAAGAUUUAUGUCAAGGAAUUUUAGAUGGAGCCGCUUAAACUAACUUGUGAUUUUUACAUAUCUGCUAACUGUACAUGUGUUUUUAUGCAGGAUGAAAAUGAUAGUGCUGCCAUGGAGAUGGAUGAAGCAAACAAAUCUGAAACCGAAGGAGUAAAGGUGUGGUAACUUUGAUUCAAAUAGGCUAAUCUUGUUGUUCAGUGUUUGACACUAGCUGACUGUACCCAUGGCGAACAUCUUUAAAGUUACUUCUUAAAUUAUGGGUUAGCUAUAUAAAGUGUUCACUUCAGUGACCAUCUGUUGUGUGUACAUUGAGAAACUAGUGGAUUUCAGUUGGAACAUUCCAUUGAUUACCAUGGCAGUUGUUUUUUUAAAAUUAUACAAGACCCCUUCCUGGUUUUGUCAGGCUAAACAUAUUGUUCAAAUUUAUAUAUCAAGCCAUCCAAACAAAACAAAUAUGUCUUAUUGGUGUAUGUUGACAUCUCUAGAACACUAUUAUUUUUGUUAUUUCAUCCACGAAGCAGUCGGACUGCAUUUUCUAUAUAAUUAGAAUCCUAUGAAAGACUUGGGGUUACUGGCUAAACAGAGUUGUACAGAAUGGACAGUAGAGUUUAGGCAUUAAAGACAUCACUAGAUGAAUGGUGCAUUUCCAACAUGGCUAUUUUGAACUCUGUAUCCUCACCAGAUUUAAUUUCACAUAGCUCCUUGUAUACACACAGUGUAUAUCAUGUACUCCAGUAAUGAGUGUAUUUUUACUGUUGGUAUUUCUGCUUUGCAGGAUGUAGAAGUUGAGACGAAAUCUACAUCUCCUAUCCCUGGUGUACUACCUUCUUCUCAGGUAUGAUUACAAUCUUCUCGUAUGUCUACAAGCAUGAGUCUGUUUUUAACUUAAGAUUUUUAGUAGUCUCCCUUCCCACUUGGUGUGCAUCUGCACUAUUUUACAGUAUGUAAUGAUUUUCUUUUGUGUCCUUUUGAGACAUACCAGUUACUCUUUUAGAGGAUUUUUUUUAUUUUUAUUCAAUUCUUAUCAUACUCUGAAGCAAAAUACUUUUCAAUAUUAGUAAGCUUUAUGUUCUUGUGAACAGAAGCAAAUAGGUGGGUUAGCGUCCUUGCACCUUAAAGAACCAUAGCACCAUAAACCAUUGUUUAAUGAAACGAUUAAGUAUUCCCUGUGAAUCAGUACCACUCUUAAUGCCAUUUUAGAUAUCCGCUUCUUGGCAUUUUCGCUAGACUUUGGCAUUUUGGAUUGCCAUACAAUAAAACUGUGCAGGUGCUACUUUCUUCAAUUUCUAUAAAAAAUGAGAACAUUCGCAAUUGCACAUUAGUUAAUGUAGGUUUUCCCACUAGAUGGCAGUCAUGUAUUAUCCACUGUUUCAUGCAUUACAACAAGGGAAUGCAAUCAGGCUUGUUAACUGGGCAUUGGUAUUUAAUCUAUUCUAAAAAAAACCCCGAAAUUUAGUAAAUUAAUGUACAUAAACAGUUAAUUAUUUGUAAUUAUUUUCUAAAGUACAAAAAUUGUCGGACCUACUUUGCUUUACAGCUUUGUGGUGCACUUAAUGUUUUUUUCCUACCUUCAUGAGCGUUGCAGAAUAUAGAAGCAUUUGUAGGUUUACUCUGCACACGUAAAUAGGAGUCCUUUCUUUCUUCCCCUUCAAAACAUGUAUCAACCACAUUUACAGGAAAAUACCACCGCUAUUUUGUGCAUUUUUGUAAUAUUUUUGUAACAGUUAUUGCAACAGAUCUCUGCAGGGCAUUUUAAAUUUCAAAGCGCCAUCACCCCUCUGCAAAUUCUAAUUAAUAAAGCUAAUUGAUCAUUUAGCCUACAUUGGUAAUUUUUUGUGCAUAUCUAAUAAUGUUCCCUACUGUCCACGAGCAGUAUUUUGUCUUUGUCAGUUGGCUGUAUUUAAUUGAAUCCAACAGGAACAACAUUGGUUGGUUAAUGGAGCAGAUGGUUUGAAUAGUCAGGAUUAGCAUACAUAGGAUGGCAGAGGCUUGUUUUCUUACAGCAUCCAUCCUUGUGACAGUAUGUUAACAUAACCCAUUGAGUGCCAACAGGGCAAGCUACACAUUGUAAUUAAAACAAUCGCUUAAAAGGGGACUAUGCUUCACAUGCAGGUGGCUCAUCGGGCUUCCUUCUACUCAGUUAUAGAAUUUAAUAUAAAUAUUGGAUUUAACUUCUAAACAUCUUUUGCAAGCUCACAAUAGGUUUUGUUUAGUUAUUGAUCUUUUCUUGUGUUUGAUUAGUCUCUGACAUCAUGCAAGGAGUCUGUUUCCUAGAGAGCACUUUGAUUCAUUUUGUAACUUGUGUUUUUUUUGUCUUUCAGCGAUCAACUAGUACAGACCUCUCUGACAUCCCUGCCCUCCCUGCAAAUCCUAUCCCGGUUAUCAAGAAUUCAAUUAAGCUGAGAUUGAACCGAUAAAGCCACUGCACACUUCCUCCUCAGGGUCCAUAGACAUUAACUAACAGUUCCACUGUUGUCUCCUGCAAUGGCUGAAUGCCAAAGGAUGCAGCAUUGACCGAAUAAGUUAAGGGUUUCUUUUACUGGUGUGUCAGUAUCUUUAUGGCACGUCUGAGUUAAUACGACAAACAUGUUUCUACAAAGUUCAUCUACUGGACUUAUCCAUUUAAAGUCAUGAGAUGGAAAUGAACUGUGUAUAUAUAUAAAUAUAUAUAUCUGUACUAAGCAUUCUGACCGAAAUGAUGGUUGAUGUACUUUUUUUUUUUUUUGGCGCAAAACGUUCAAUACACCUGGCCUAAAAUCUUUAGCUAAUGCACUUUUAUGUUUGUUUUUUUUCUUCUUUGUUUUUUUUAACUGUAAAAAAAGAUUUUAGACUUUUUUUAUUUUAGUUUAUUGUAGCUUCAUGCAGCCCCUGGAGAUGUUGGCAUAGCAUAUUGGAUCACAAAACUAGAUGUUGAGUUUUGAUAUAUGGUGGCAAAAUGGAAGUAGAAUCUGAGAAAUUUCGUCUGAACAGCUUGAUCAAUACAAAAUCAUAAAACGUUAAUUUUGUUCUUUAUUUUAUUUUUUCUUUCUCCACUCCUCUUCCCACUAUGAGCAUGUGUUCAGUAAUGGUUAAUUUUCAAGGUGUCGAUGGGUUCUAAAGAUUAGUGGCAGUGUUGUUUAAAUCACCAUUAGCUGCUCUCCUCAAUUUCAUUUUGGGCUUUCACACAUAAACCUUAAAUAUCAAUAUUUGUUUUUUUGUUAGGAAGCUCUUUCCGCAAAAUUGCUUUGUGAUAUUAUUAGCAAAAUUAGUUAAGAAUGAUCUGGUAUACAAUGUGCCUUUGUCACAAGCCUCAUAACAAACAGUCACACACUCUUCUAUAUUUGCAACCAUGGGUCAUGUGAUAUUUAUUUCAAGUUAAAGACAAUACUUCUAGUCAAUCUUUAUAGGUAGAACUUUAGAUUAGUAGUGAAAGAAUUGUUUUAAAUUGUGAUCUUAUAACCCAACAGGGAAAAUGUGUACACGUAAGGUUAAAUAAUUUUUUUUCCCAUCAACUCUUAUUGCAACAUGUGGGAUUUGCAAUUCAUAUAAAGAUUUUUUAUUUUCAGUUUUUUUAUUUUAAAGUGCUCACUUUGUUUUAUCACAUCAGCCCCUUUUACUUUUACCUAAUCACAUUACUACAGCCACCAUCUGUUUGCAUUGCUGCAUACAAACAUUGGCUUUCAAAAGAGAUUUAUUUUACCAUUUGCAUUGGGAUAACCAGAAAGCAAGUAGAGAUAUUUGCUUAAUUUCUACAGCUAAGCGAUUUCUUUCAUGAUGUGCGAAAAGCACUUAAUUUUUCUCUUAACUCUUUCCUAGUCUAACAGUUAUUUAUUAAGACUUAUUGGGAAAUGUUUGGGUGGUUUUUUUUUCUCCCUAGCCUGAGCAAAUAGUUCAUAGAUAAUCACCUUUGCUUCUAUAUCCUUAGUCUCCCCUCAUAGCAUCACACUCCCGUAUGCAGGUAUACACAAACAACCACACAAGUUAUUGUCCAGUUGUUUUCUUUGAUUUUUAGCGUAAUAUUGCCAGGCACAAAGUUUGUCUAGACUUAUGUUUACACCGCAAUGUCUUUGUUCCAUUUGUUUAUAGUAAUUACUGUUUUGUUUUUUUUUUGGUUUUUUUUUUGGAGAGAUGGAUAACUUGGAUUUUUUUUUUUUCUCUGACCCUGUUAGUGAUUUUUAAUUUUAACCCUUCGAGUGCUGGGUGUAAGUUGGGCACAUCUCUGGCACUCAAGUGUUAACUCUAGUUCCCCCUAACCUGAAGAUCAGACUGUUGCUUAUGCAUGAUGUACGUUAUCGUCUCAUGACUGGAGUUUUCCUUUGUUUUAUAGUACCUGUAUUCCUUGUAUUUUUCAAAAGCUAUUUUGUAAAGAGAUGUAUUUCUCCAUUGAAAAUAAACAAUAAACUGAACAAU